AUGCGCAACGCCCUGCUGGUCGUCUCCACGCUCAUCACAAGCACAACCUACCAAUCCGUGCUCCAGCCUCCGUGCUUUUCGUCAAAUGUCGACCCUAAUUCCAACAAAGUCUUCCUCGCGCCUUCUACUUUUGUGUCUUCUCAUGCUGAGGACGUCAUAUACACCGUCUUCAUGACCGGCAAUACAUUUGGACUCUUCAUGUCGGUCCAGAUGAUUGUUUGCCUCACCAGAGAUCUCCCCUUGAAGCUGCCGCUGAGACUCUGCCUACAUUUGCUUCAUGCCAUUCAUGACGUUCACGUCGAUGAACAAAGAGUUACCCCUGACAACCGUGCUAUUGUUGAGCGUGUUGCCGCUCAUCACAUCAUUUCUUCUUCUACUGAUACAGAAGUGGUUGGCGCGAGCUAUGGAUUUCUACUUGGAAGGACUUUUCCGGCAGAACCUCACAAGUGA